AUGGCGGUGACAACACGACGUAUUGACAACUGGGCGGACAUUCUAGUCCUUGUUCUAUACUUCGUGGCAGUGCUAGCGAUUGGAUUAUGGUCAAUGAGGCGACCCAGCCGUGGGAAUGUGAAGAGUUAUUUCCUCGCUGGACGAUCCAUGCCUUGGUUAGCAGUAGGCGCUUCCUUAUUCUCCAGCAAUAUCGGAAGCGAACACUUCGUUGGUCUCGCAGGAUCUGGUGCCUCUAGUGGGAUCGCCAAUAUCAUGUUUGAAUGGCUGCCGGCAAUGCUUAUUUUAGCACUUGGCUGGUAUUUUAUUCCGGUAUAUAUAUCUUCAGGGGUUUAUACUUUACCUGAGUAUAUGGAAAAACGUCUCGGUGGCACAAGGAUCCGAAUAUAUCUCUGUUGUCUUUCUCUUCUACUCUCCAUCGUCACUAAACUGGCGGUGAGCAUGUUCGCGGGUUCCCUUUUCUUACAAAUGGCUACAGGCUGGAAUAUGUACGUAUCUGUUAUCAUCCUACUGGCUGUCACAGGUUUUUACACUAUACUGGGGGGACUUACAGCUGUCAUGUAUACCGAUACCUUUCAAACAGUUGUCAUGACUAUUGGAGCUUUUGUAUUGAUGGGUGUAGGAAUGAAAGAAAUAGGAAGUCUAGAAAAUUUGCAGAAACGGUAUAUGAAUUCGACAGCAACCAUCCAGAUUGUUAAUUCUACAUGUGGGUUACCGAGGCAGGAUGCUUUCCACAUAUUUCUUGAUCCGGCCGGAAGCGAACAGCCGUGGCCUGGACUUGUCGUGGUUAGCUCCCUUGGAUGUGUUGCAUACUGGUGCUGUGACCAGAUGAUCGUACAGCGAGCCCUAGCUGCAAGGAACCUUGAGCAUGCUAAAGGAGGAUCUGUCCUAGCGGCUGCUCUGAAGAUUCUGCCGCUGUUCCUAAUUGUAAUUCCUGGAAUGAUCAGUAGAGUGUUAUUUCCAGAUGAGGUUGCCUGUGCCGAUCCUGACGAGUGUAUGAGAAUUUGUGAAAAUCCUGUUGGGUGUUCCAACAUUGCCUAUCCUAAGAUGAUUCUGGAACUUCUUCCGAAAGGAGUAAGAGGUUUCCUUAUGGCUGUAAUUUUGUCGGCCAUCAUGAGUUCCCUGACGUCCAUCUUCAACAGCUCGAGUACCUUGUUUACCAUGGACCUGUGGAGACGGUUUCGUCCACGAUCUACUCAGAGGGAAUUACUUAUUGUCGGCAGAAUCGUUAUCUUAUUCAUGUGCGCAGUCAGUAUCGCAUGGUUACCAUUAAUCAAGGGGUCACAAGGAGGACAACUGUUUAAUUACAUAAACAUGCUACAGGCUAACUUAAUGGCGCCUAUUGGUCCAGCAUUUAUGAUAGCUAUACUCUGGAAAAGAACAACAGAAAUGGGUAUCGUUGGCGGUUUAAUAAUCUCACACGUUUGUGGAGUGAUAAGGAUUGUACUCGAGUUUACUUACCCAGCCCCAGGGUGUGGCGAACCUGAAACAAGGCCAUCCAUCCUAUAUAAAGUUCAUUUUCUAUACUUUGGAACAUUCCUGGUUUUAUUAACUCCAUUUGCCAUAGCUGCUAUAAGCAUCAUGACACCACCAAAGGAUGAAAAAGAGCUAGAGGGUCUAACUUGGUGGACACGGGUAAAGGCGAUACACGUGUCGAAGGAGGAAGAGGAGAACGACGUUGAAGAAGGUGAUUUCUCUUCGAAUGUUGAAGAUCAAUUAAAACUACGGAAUGACAGUGAACCCGAUAAUCAGCUUAAGAAGAUCAACACAGAAUCUGCUGAUUCGGAAGAAGAUUCUUUGUCCGCAACAGAAAAUGAGGGGUUGAUAUGGACGGAGAAGGUUUUGUUAUUCCUCUGUGGAAAACCGGAAGAAGGAAGGGAGAUCACUGUUAUGAAUUUACGUCAGAAACAAAAUUUCAUGAGGGAGCGACCACAAUGUCGAUGGAUAUUAAACUUUAGCGCCAUUCUUGUUAUGGGCGCAGUUAUGUUUUUGUUAGGUCAUUUUGCAUAG